AUGCCACAGAACGGGUGCACUGUAACAUAUUUGAAAAGUGUGCUCGGUCAAGCAAAGGGAUAUCUACGACCUUUGCAAGAGGAUAUUCCACUUUUGGGAAAGCCAGAUGCCGACUUCUCUGACAAGGUGAGAAGUUCAAACUUGUCUGCUGGGUAUGGAGGGAACGUGGUGGAUAAUAUUUAUGUACAUGUAAAGAGGUUUUGUUGAUGGGCAAUCUAUACUUAAUUAUUCAUAUUUCAUUGCAAAGCCCCACCCACUCUUAGCCCUUUUUUUUUCCCUCUCGAAGAAUUCCAAACGUAGUUAAUCGAUAAACCGAUAAUCUAUGGCAAUAGGCCAUUUGCACUAAGAGGUCAUGUGACAUCGUUUUUAUGAAAAUGAAAGUUAUAUAAUUUUGCCUUCGAAAAACGGUUAGUGGGUCAUAUCAUAAACAAAAUAAUAGUGAUUUGGUUUUUUCAAACUAGUACCAUUUUCUUAAAAUGAGUAAGUUCGUAACUGGUCACGUGACCAAAAUGUGAUUUUGAAAAUUAUGAAUUACCUCUUUCUGAACACAAAUUUUGCACUUAAAACUUCAAGGAAAAUGUUGAAAAGAUGAUGUGCUAACGUUUACAGCACAUCUGAGUGUAACUAUCAAAUGUUUAACAAGAUAUAGGCAAAAAGUAGUUUUGGCCGCCAUGUUGGAGGGCAAGAGCAUGCCCUCCAACAUGGCGGCCAAUACAAAUCAUACUAUUUUACUGAAAAAUCAAAGUGCCAUAAAAUAUCCCCUUAAAUGCAUUUCCUCUCUAAUUUCGGGUGUAAGAUAAUUUUUAUGUGCUAUGUCAAUUUUUGGCAUAAGUAAGAUUCCAGCUCAAUGUUUAAAGGAAGCAUUAGUCACAUGACCUCUUAGUGCAAGUGGCUUAUUUAUAUCAAUCAUCGAUGAAUAUUGAUUUCCAAUAUCAAUAGAUAGAAAUCGAUAAAAAGAAAAAAUUGUGUCAUUGAUUUUAAAAUAUUGAUGGGUGCACACUUUCUUUACAAAUUCUCAAUGUCUAACUUUCUGUUGUUUCUAGGAGGAGGAACCACAAGAUAAUAGUCCCAAAGUUAACUGCAUAAAUUGCCAUGCUUUGGUACCCAUAAACAACAUGCGAGGUCACCAAGAUUCAUGCUCAGGGGGGAGCUCCUCAGGUGUCUCAAGACGUCACAGGAGUUGCCAAUGUCUCCUUUGCUGUUUUUAAAUUAUUCAGUUUUGAGCACCUACUCAUUAUUUGUCAUGAUUGUAAAACACGUUUAGCUAGGAUUGCUCAAAAGUCGACGAAGCUGGCAUUGUUUCCUUGCUAUAUAAAAUGGUUGGUUAAAAAAACAGCCUUAAAAAUUGCAUUCUGUUUAUUGAGUUCCUAGAAAAAUUUACUUCAUUUUUAACAAAGAACUAGUCUUUUUACCAGAGGGGAGUUUUUUUGAUAAUUUUCUCCAUUUUGUUAAUUUAUUUAAAAAACCCUCACUUAAUUUGUAAUAAGUUUUCUAUUGAAAAAAAACCGUUUUUGGUUGAUUUGGUCAAUCAUCUUUUUCAACCAGCCCAGAGCGUGGUUGAAACAGUUGAAAAGGAUAGGCAGUGUACGCUGAUCUGACAGUGGGCACCGAUAUUUUUUUAGUUUCGUGUCAUUUUGAGCAAUAUUAAUUUUGCGCAAGAAGAAGUCUUGGAAGUCUAGGAUUGACUCUUAUACCCAGUCACAACUGCAUUUCAACCAAAAAAGAUUGAAAAAGUGUUCUAUAAUGGUAACUUCAACCACUUCAACCAAAACCAGUUUUGGUUGAAAUGAUUGAUCCCAAUAAAACAUGCCCUACGACUGAGGUAAGGUGUUCAAAUCAUAAGACAUCUUGGUUCCAGUGAGGAUCCUUGCUAAUGACAUACAAAAGGUUAUGUACAUUACAUACCGUAAAGCCCUGAUGUAUAAGUCGCACCUUUUUGCUCAAGUUUGAAGUAAAAAAGGGGGGGUGACUUAUCUAUGUGGCACCAUCGUCGAAUGUUUAUCGAUUGACACAUCUUGUCCUCCAAGAGUUCUUUAAAACUACAUUGUAUUUGAACAACUUAACACUAAACUACUACGAAUCUCCAUUGCUCCACAAAGCUGUUUGCAACUACGCCUGCGGCUAGUCCCCUCUAUGGAUAUCUUUCAGCCACAUGCAUGCUAGCCUGUUCCAGGCGUUCAGAUAGUAGAGCGCGGGAGAAAAAUUCACGAAGCAAAAAAAAAAACGUUUUCCCGGUGUACAACUUAACUUGCUCCCCACUUACCGCCGUGCUCUACCAUCUGAACACCUGGAACAGGCUACAUGCAUGCAUGAAGUUUGAAAGUACUUGCAAGGCAAAUGGCCUACUUUUUUUUCGCUGUUUGUGUGUUAUUAUUCACAGGCUGCUCCUCACAAUUUCACCUUGGCUACUAAGCAUCCAUUUAUUCAUUUGUUCGUUCAUGGCUUCUUUGGAAGUGAUAAUCUUGAAAAAAAUCAGGUAAAAGGAGCAUUUUAAAUUCAAAACGAAGUGAAUUGAAAAACCAAAAAGAAGGUACAUCAAAUGAAAGUUUGCUAUCUUAAGACUCAUGAAUGAAAAGAUCACAACAUUAACUGCUCUGCAUGUCAGUGUUCACCAUUUGUUUUUGUCUUUCUUUGUUUUGACUUGGCGGGAACUACAAGCUUUGUUGCCUAAUUAUAGAUAUAUAUAUAUUUUUCCAAAAUCUUACCUUCCAAAAUUGGUAUUCAUCUUAUCUACAUGUGUGGCUUAUACACAGACUUUUACGGUAUUGGUACAGAUGAUCAUUUCAUGCAAGUACACGACUAGAUUGAUAAAAUGUACAAUGUUUUUACUUACUAUUAUGAUUAUUAUUAUUAUUUUGCAGAGAUCAGGGGAUUGAACAAUACCUUUCCCAUGAUGCUGCUGGUAUCAGUUCUUGAAAAAUUGUGUAGCUUAGUUUUGAGGUUCUGAAAGUCUUUGUCAAGUUGUUUUUGCUGAACUACUCUCCUAUGAAAUGCCUUGAAAGCUGUUAAAUUUAUCAUUGAUUUCAUUUUUCACUCUUUGCUGAACGGUAUUUUGUAUCUUGUGUUGAAUAGAACCAGUACAGAACCUUCAACAGCUUUUUCCAGAUAUGCCUGUGUCGGAAGUGGAAAAUGCCCUUGAAGCAGUAAAUGGGGAUAUAAAUGAAGCAGCAGGUGUAAUUCUCAAUCAAAGUGUAAGAGGUUUGUAAGUCAUGGGGAAAACCUUUCUUAUUUGCAAUGGAAUUAAAGCCAAGUUUAAGCCUGUUGAAGUCUGCUAAUAUAAUUUCAAUCCCUUUGUUGUUUAUUACAUGUACAGCAGAUGAGGAUGAUGAUGAAAUCUUGAUGUUGCAUCCAUGGAAGGAUAGGCUAGAGAGAAUGAUGUAGGCAAAGGUAUGGUAAUAAAUUAUUACCAGGGGUAAAAGUAGUUACAUAACCAUUGUUUAUUAGUGACACUUGGUUCGCUCAGUUGGAAGGCUGCAGGUCUCUCCAGAGGUUGUGUUUUCAAACCUAUGACUGGACCACUACUCAGGGUCUUAAAAUAACUAAGGAGAAUGUGUCACCUUUGAAGGUCUCCUCAUAUAAGAAUGAAAAUUAAACCACAGGCCCCGUCCCACAGCCCUUUCUCUGACCUGUUCUUCUGGGAAAAAAAGAACCCAUAAUGUUGCAUUGUUUGCUGUAGACCCCAGUGGUGUGGUCAACCUUUACUUAUGGGGGUAUGAGACUGUUAUUUGCAUGAUGCUGUUGCACUGAACCUGCCAAGGAUUGGAUAGGCUAUACAUAAUAAAAUAUAUAAAACAGGCUAGAUAAAUUAAAAAAACUGCAGUUAUUGGCGUAUAUAUGUCAUUUCAUUAUAGGAAACAAUUACUUAGCAUUUUCCUGCUUUUCUCAUAGGUAUACAACUAAAAAAUUUACAAAUGAUGGGAAAAUGUGGGUUGUUUUUUUUUUAUUUAACCUGCAUGUAGCAUAAUACAGCUUUGUAGCAACUGAGAGAAGUUAUCAUCAGUUUGAUUGUCAAUCUAAUAUUAUAUAUUCUUCCGGGCUUUGAUAUUAUUUAAUUUAUUUGAUUUAUUGCAGGCCCCAGUUGUUCAAAAGUUGGAUAACGCUAUCCACCGGAUAAAUCACUAUCCAACGGAUAAGUGUUAGGAAAACCAAUUGCGUUAUCCAGUGGAUAGUGAUUUAUCCAGUAGAUAGUGCUAUCCACCUUUUGAACAACCGAGGCCAGAUGUCCAAUUGUCAUCAGUUCUGGAAAAACUAGGCAAAAAGCUUACUGGAGCACCCAGAAGAAUAACUGUGGAUCAGUGUGAUGUCCUUGCAGACAUAUUACCUCUGUACAAAGAUCCUGAGUUUGAUCCCUCUCGACCAGUGAGGGUAGUCUUUAAAGACCAACCAGCCGUGGACAGUGGAGGUCCCAGAAAGGAGAUGUAUUCUUUAGUUUAUAAAACACUUGCAUGCUCCACAGUAUACAAGUUGUUUGAGGGCCAAGCUGGGCGCCUUAUGCCUUUUCAUAAUGCUAGUACUGUGUUUUCGGGCAUGAUGAAAACUCUAGGAAAAAUGAUAGCACUAACUCUAUCGUCCAGUGUGGCAUUGGUCUACCUGUAUUCUCCCCAGUUUGCUACUGGUACUUGAUCUCUGGAGAUGUUUCUAAGGCCCUGGCAUAUGCAAACCUUACAGUCAUCAGGGAUCCAGAUGCAGCUGUAUUAACGGGAAGGGUAUUCUUACAGUAGUUAUUAUUACCUAAACUCAUUAGCUCCUGAAACAUUAGCUGAAAAACUGCUUGUGAAGCUUAAAUAUAAUAAUGAAAUAGCUGUCUUUGGCUCACUUUUUGAAAAAAGUGAAGAACAGCUCCCCCAAAAAACUGUCGGCCGACUUUUUUGUUCCUCUUGGACAGCUCAGGGGGUCACAAAUGGGUUAAAGGGUGCACGAGUUUAAAAAAAAGUCACUUAAUUAGUGUAUUUUAAAGAUAUUAAGAUAUCUUAAAAUUAACAACACACAUUAUUAAUUUAGUUGGUACCUCAAAAGCACGUUAAUCACUCUUUUGUCUUAAUAGAUUUGUCUAUAGUGUCAAACUAAACAUUUCGAACAAAAUGAUGGCUUUUUUUCAGUCAUCUAUUUUCUGGGGCAUCAAAGCAAACUUACAACCAUUCAUACAUGAACCACCCUUCUCAAUAGCUUAAUUACUAGCUUGAUCAUAAAAAACACUUUCAAGUACCUUCACUGAGUGCCAUCAGACCCGCUUACUGUAGUUUGCGAAACGAAAUGGAGCGAAACGAAAUGAAACGAAACGAAAUGGAACGAAACGAAAUGAAAAUCUGUAGUUUGCGAAAUGAAAAUCCUCUGGAGAAUGCCGACUUUAAAUUCAGCGUGAACAACGAACGAGAAGAGUCGUUAGCACAGCGAAGGCAACGCCGACAACAAGAGACAGAAGAAUAGGAGAUUGGAAUCGGAGGCAGUAUGAUCGUUUUACACUGUCGAAAACCCAGAUUUCUUAGUUUGCCGGCUUCCCCGCCGAUAUAUAGAUCAAAGUCUCCAAAGUUCGAGCUCUGUAUUACGGCCCGAAGAAUAAUAACUUUCGGGCGAACUGCACCGGGCCAUAUUUGUUCUUUGUUUUUUCUUUUUCUAAAUGCAGACGCUAAAUGCUAAAUCUGCUUUUCAAUACACUGUUAACAGUAACACCACAUAAUACGCAAAAAAGAAGAAGAAGAAAAGAAAGAACAAGGUAUGGACGUUUAAGACGAUCUUCACAGUGAGUCACCCAUCCAGUUCGUAACCCCGACCAACAGGGCUGUUUAGAAUAUCCGAGUAGACGCAACGAUCAUAAUGCCUCUGAUUCCAAUCUCCUAUUCCUCUGUCUCUUGUUGUCGGCUUUGCCUUCGCUGUGCUAACGACUCUUCUCGUUCGUUGUUCACGCUGAAUUUAAAGUCGGCAUUCUCCAGAGGAUUUUCGUUUCGCAAACUACAGAUUUUCAUUUCGUUUCGUUCCAUUUCGUUUCGUUUCAUUUUGUUUCUCUCCAUUUCGUUUCGCAAACUACAGUAAGUAUAAAACGAUCAUAAUGCCUCAGAUUCCAAUCUCCUAUUCCUCUGACUCUUGUUGUCGGCGUUGCCUUCGCUGUGCUAACGACUCUUCUCGUUCGUUGUUCACGCUGAAUUUAAAGUCGGCAUUCUCCAGAGGAUUUUCAUUUCGCAAACUCCAGAUUCUCAUUUCGCAAACUACAGAUUUUCAUUUCGUUUCGUUCCAUUUCGUUUCGCUCCAUUUCGUUUCGCAAACUACAGUAAGCCCAUCAGACCCUAUUUUCAAUGCUAUUUUUACCUUGUUCCCAGUGUCAACUCUCUUCUUCUUCUGUGCUUCCCCUUUCGUUGAGAGAUUGAAACACUCUUUCCUCAACAACAAGGGCGGAAUAGCUAGGAGAGAGACCAGGAAAUUAACCUGGCCCAAUUUUAACAUGUUGUUGUACAUUCUCUUGUGUAGUUUUACCAAGUAUAAUGAAAAUAGCACCUGAUCUCGGGUUGAUGUAUAUGUAUGUGGGGUUAACAUUCAUUCACACCCUCACAGGUGGGAUUUUGAUUUUGUAAGUAGAUUAUGGUAAACAAAGAAUAAAUAUUAACAACGUUGUAUUUUCAAAAUUAUUGUUCACAUCAGAUUUUACGGGCAGAGGCAGAUGAAGAACUCAGUGGUAUAAAUGAGGAUGCUGGUUUUGAAGUUUUACGUUCAGAUGCUGGUUGCACAUCUAAGCUCACAGUAAGCAGAAGCUUCUUUUAUUGCUUGUACUUAUUAUUUAAAGAAACCUUUUUUAAAGGAAGUGCAGUUUUUCAUAAAACUUGGGAUAUGAAGACAGGGUGACUUAAUCAACCAAUAAUAUAAUUGUUACAAAAUGUCAAAAGUAGCCUAAAAUGUGCGGCCCCUUUGGGUGUUGAAAUUUCAAAAUUUGUCUGGGCCAGGUCCCCGGGGAGGGAGACCUGGCCGCUGGGACCCUGGAACCCUUAGCCUAUACCAGAGCUAGUUCAACUGAAUUUUGCUACCCAAAUCCAGGGUUUGAGCUAGGAUUUGAUCACUGGGGGACAAUUUGUCGCCUUGGCAAAAAUUUUGGGGGACAUUUUCAUUUUUAGGGGGACAGAAAUUUGUACACCCUUCUGCUGAUGCAAAGGAGUUUGUCUUCUUAGCAGGGCUUCUGAUAGGUCUCGCAAGAAAAAGUCAAAUUUUGCGGGAUUUUUAGGGACAAAUUGGCGGAAAAAUCGGCCGAUUUCGCGGGAGUUUUCGGGGCAAACUUCACCGGAAAGCAAUCGGUAAAAAACGGCCGAUUUUGUGGUUAUUUUCAAGGCAAAUUAAGAUAGAAAUCGAUCGGUUUUGCGCUGAUCAGACCAGCCUUUUUAACGUUUUUCUAACAGAGGUCAUCAUUUGCUCUUUCAACAACAAUACGUUCCAGAAAUGAACCAAUGGCAAAGCCUUUAAUAUCAUGGCUAGUGCCCAGUUUUUCGCAACAUAAUCUGUUUGCACGUUUCAGUGACGAAGUUCCGAGAUAAAUUUGCAAGUUUACGGCAAGUAAAUAGCCCCUAUAGUGAAAUAAGUUUCAAAGAUGUUGUACAGACAUGUAUUUGAUAAGAUUUCUACCGAAUUUCGCGGUAUUUUUCGUGUUUUUGUGAACUUCGCGGCUCCGCGACCGCGCGAAGAAUCGGAAACCCUGUCUUAGAUUUCCGACAAAAAUAGCAGAAGAGCGUGACUGAAACGUAACUUUGGAAUGAACUUUAUAGGUGUGAUAAAAUAUACUUUCCACGUUCUGUUUCGGCUUGCAAUUUCUGUACUGAAAUAAAUCUCUUCGUGUGUGCUUCCUUUCGAGUUUUUUCCCUAAAUUUUGUUUGAAGGGGACAAAUUGUCCCCUUGGCCGUUUUUUAAUUGCAGUGCGGGAUUGGCGCAAUGGCGCGGCCUGGCUCAAACCCUGCAAAUCCCCCCCUAUCGUAGAGGAGCUGUUUUCCAGAAACAACUGAGGUCACCAGCACAGUCCAGCUAAAACAAAACCGAUUUGAUUUUUUUAUAUUCUUGAGUGGCAAUUCCUGGCUUCCCUACUCUAGACUAAAAUCUUCAGCCAAUUGAUCAGUUUAAAUGGAAAAUGAUACCCUCUAGACCCAAACUCUCUGAUUUAUAUACCCUAUCCCAGAGUGAACUGCUUGAAAACCAUACCCUUCACAGCAGCACAUACCUAUAUAGCCCAUACAUGGCAGUACCCCCCUCUCCCGAGCCAGGUCCCCUGGCCCCUGUCAUAUGGAGGGAGUAACAUACAUACAUCAAGUUAAUCAAUUCUCAAAUUUACAGAGUAGCUGGCUAGUACCCCUUCCCAAACCUUCCUCCCUACCUUUGCCCCUGCUAAUGCAAAUUCUGUCCCUGCAAUCCACAACCAUAACAAAAACCCUGGGUGCAUAUGCAUGUAAAAAAUAAUAAACAUGCGUAUAGUAAGUGUUGACAUUCAACAUUACUGGCGGUGAUGAUCAUGAUCAUUUCUUUCUAUUAGAAUCUGUGACAUCAAAACUGUCUGUCAAAGUAAUGUAACUAUUAAGAUCUACAUAUAGCUCAUGUCACUUUUCUGUUUGACAGGCAGAAAAUAAAACAGAUAUUGUGCAAUCCAUUCUGGUGCAUUUUGUCUUAAGCAAGAAAAAGGUCUUGCUUGACCAGCUUAGAGAAGGAUUGAGGACCCUAGGUGUCCUGGAGGAGGCAAUCAAGCAUAAACUGACCAUCACUGAACUCGACUCAAAAUGAGCGCAAG